AUGUUGCCAGGGCCAGUCGGUGACUGGAAACUCGAGACAACCGUUUGUGAGGAAUACACACUCCAGAUCAGACACGUCUCUAACAAAGCUACGGGUCUCUGGCGCACGCCAGUUCAAGAGAAAUGGCAGCGCACCAAGAAGCUCGGCCAGGGCGGUUUUGGCGUCGUCUGGCUUGAGCAGUGCACCGAAGGCGUGAGCGCCGGCCAAGUUCGAGCUGUGAAACAGAUCCAGACCUCAUUUGGGAACCAGACUGUGACACCCAAGAUGCUGUCCAGCGAGCUGUCAGCUAUUUUCAAUUUUUCUCAAAAGCCAGUAUGCUCUGCCCCCGAAUGCAUCUUCAUCACCAUGGAGUACCUUCCUUUGGGUGACUUGGAGAAUCACAUAAGUGAGCGUCUUCCAGAGGCCCAAGCACAAAGAAUCACGCUCCAGGUCCUCCAGGGACUUGCAUUUAUGCACCGAAGCAAAUUUGCUCAUCGCGACUUGAAGCCAAGGAAUGUUCUCGUUCAGCACCAAGGGCCCGAUUGGUGGGUCAAGAUAUCCGACUUUGGAACCAGCAAGCAAGUCGGCACGACAGUUCUCCGCACCGUCAUCGGCACCGAGCACUAUCAAGCUCCCGAAGUCAGGGGAAUCUAUAGGCCUUGUGACCUGGACGACGAUGACGACGAUGGCGAUCCUUCCUACGACCUUGCCAUCGAUAUCUGGGCCGUCGGCGCUAUGGCAUUCCGAAUGACGACUGGCCGAGUCCCAUUUCCCGGGAAGAAAGAUCUGACUCGCUACGUUCUCAAAGAUAAUUCUUUCCCGGCUGAAGACUCGCUCAGUGAGGCGUAUACCGCCUUUAUCACCCAGACGAUGCGUCCUUCUGCUCGCGACCGUCCAUCUGCGAAGAAAGCUUUAGAGAGCCCGUGGAUACGUGAACAGCUGCUGGAUCCGCAAAGCUCAAGUCUAAGAUCCGACGAAACUGCAGGAUUACCAGGCUCUGGGUUACAAAGAGGUUACGAGGCUUCUGCAACAUGGUCAUCGUCCAACGGUCUCUCGGAUUUGUUUGAUGAUAACUCCACUACGCUGAGACAGCCCGGUCCUGGUUUGGAAAGUCUUAAUGGCGAGCCAAGCAAAACCGCACGUCGGUAA